UUUACCCUCGGCAACUCGAACAUCCCACUAACUCGAAGUAGUUUUUGUUUCCUCUCAGAUCAUUUCUAUAUAAUUUUACCCUCAAUAACUUGAACAAUGUUUUGAGCCCUUAAAAGUCGUGAAAAAAACAAUCUACUGGCUUCCCAAACAUUGAAUUUUGAAUUUUCCAUUGACGUGUUUUAGGCAUUUUGUUUACUAUUUGAGGCUGAUGUUGUUUGCCGCAAAUCUAGUGUGAAACGCAGUUUACUUCUCCAAAUGGUAAAUGCAUGCUCCAUUCAGGCAGUUUUUUUUUUUUUGUUACGUUACGUUCUGAUUUAUAAUCUGGAAGUAUCUUUUAGCUUUCACUUGACAUUUCUACAAUUAAUUGUGAUGAAAAUGUUCACUAUGCGGUAAAAACUGGUUUUUUCCUUACUCCCGGCUAUUUUCUUUGAGUCCCCAAUAACUCGAACUCCUGAUAACUCAAACCUUUUUUGAUUUCCCUUGAAGGUUUGAGUUAUCGGGAGACGACUGUAGUUUCGUCUGUUGGAAGCGUGGGGUACUGGUUGUUAACUGUUUACCAAAAUUUUGUGGAAAAUCCAGUCGGAAAGUAAUUGUAACACGAUUUUUUCGCCCGUUCCUGUGCAAAAUUUCUGGGAGCAACGAAACAUCUGAAAAGCUAGUCAUGUUUUUUCCAGGCAGAAUGUUUCAAGUGCAAAUUCAUGUACGAUUAGUUAAAAACCAUAUUUGAUACCAGUUUCAGGCUUUUGCGGUUGUUUUUCGGUAAUUUGAACUGAUCUGUAAAAAUAGUAAAGGCGAUUCCGGGAGAAAAUUUAGCAGUCCUGAAUUUUGCGUGCCAUUUGCCCAAACUGUGGACUGACAGGUUGUCCAAUGUAAAUGGAAAAACAAGAUAUUCAUGUUGGGAUAUCAAAUGGUUCAUGCCAUUCCGUUUGGGAAGCUUUAGAAAAUAUGGGCUUUAAUUUGAGGCAAUUCAUUAUUUUUCUACUCUUUUACGGCUGUUCCGCUAAUUUUGACCUGAUUUGUUACGAGUCAUUCUCUCACGAAGUCAAAUUUUAUAGUUUUGUGGUUUAUGCAAAAGAUUUCCACCUGGCUGGUUUGUGUAAAUGGUAAACAUCCCGGCAGUCCUGUCAUAAGUAGGUGAAAUAUGAUCAUAGGGUGAGCGUAGUCCUUAACAGGAGUGUUGUUGAUAACAACCUGCUUGGUGGUCAUCUUCAGAGUCAAAGGGAGUUGUAUCUUGUAUUAAACUCUGGUUAACUUUGAUUGAGCUAUGAAGUUGUGAUGUUAUUGGUCGUCUGUCACUUAAGCCAUGGUGAACAGUCAUAUUCAUGUGGAUGAUAAUAUUCCGCCCACUUACAAGAUUUUAUUGUUUUAUUUAGCAGCUCCUGAGUUAAUGCAAGAAAAGUCCUUCUUUGAUGAUUUUGGUGAUGUCAAUGAUAUUUUUGAUGGCCCAACAGAAAGCUCUGAAUUCAAUUUUAACCCAGAGAAAGGUUUGUGUUUUAAUAUUUUUUGAUAUUCCUUAAUCCAUCGUAAUUAGUUUUUCUAUGAUUUGCUGAGAUAAAUUUUAUAAUUUGCAGACAUUGACCAAGUUCCAGACCGUACAGAUUUUGAUGUUUUUUUGGAUGAAGUUCUUGGUAUACAAGAUUUAUAUGGAUCCAGCAGAAGCCCUUAUGAGUUUUGGCAAAGCCAGCCUAACUAUCUACUUUAUGGUCAACCCAAUGGCUGUAUUGAUAGUCAGACCAACAACCCAAUUAACAGCCAUGAUUCAUUCUAUAACCCAUCAACCACUGUUCCAGUUCAGGAUGAACCAAGUGACCCACUCCAAAGUCAGCAUGAUCCACCUAACAGUCUGUUCCACAGCCAGCCCAACAGUCCUUACCAGAGCCAAACAGACAGUCCUUCUUACAGCCAGCCUAACAGUCCAAUGGAUAAUCUCAGUAGUCCAUCACAUGUCAAUCCAGCCCAGAGUCUGUUCCCGAGCCAGUCAAGCAGUCCAUAUCAAAGCCAAUCCAACAGCUCCCCCCUCAGCCAGCCUAACAGUCCAAUGGAUAAUCUUAAUAGUCCAUCACAUGUCAAUCCAGCCCAGAGUCUGUUCCAGAGCCAGUCAAGCAGUCCAUAUCAAAGCCAAACCGACAGCUCCCCCCUCAGCCAGCCUAACAGUCCAAUGGAUAAUCUUAAUAGUCCAUCACAUGCUCCUACCAAGAGUCUGUUCCAGAGCCAGUCCACUGAGUCCAGCGACCCAUAUCAAAGCCAAACCAACAGCCCUCCGCUCAGCCAGCCUAACAGCCCAGUCGAUAGUCAUCUUAAUAGUCCAUCUCAUUCCCCAGCCCAGAGUCUGUUCCAGAGCCAGUCCAGUCCACUUUACAGUCCACCCUCUAGUCCAGUGGAUAGUCAUCUCAGUAACCCUUCAGUCAGUCCACCCCACAGCCCAGGAUCUCUAUCAGCAAGUGAGACUAGUUCAAAUAUGUACAGCACUGAUGAGGGAAUUGGAAGCCAGAGUGACAUGAGUGAAUGUGAUGAUGGUGAGUAACACACUGUUGCUAUCCCACUGCUUCCUGUCUAUAAAACCACAGAGUCGCCAAUAUAGCAGAUGAGAUUUGGAUAUCCUUAGGGUAGCCUUUUAUUCAAAAAAAAAUAAGAAAACCUUGCCCUCAUGUAACAGACCCUCUCACAGUUUUCUUCAACUUUUGACUGGAAGUAGGUAAUGAAAAUCUAUCAUUAUCACUGGAAAGAAUGCCUAAAAUCAGUGAAGUUAUCAAGUUUAAGAAAGUUUUGUGGAAAACUAACCAAGAAAAGCUCCAAGUCGCGAAAUUUUACUGAUGCUUUAUGGAGGGGAGCAACUUUGUGUCCCUCACCACAAAAAUGUCUGAAAUUUUGUGACUUUAUUUGCCUGCUUUCAACAUGUUUCCUGAAUAUAUGAAAAACUUAAGAGAAAACAUGGAGCUACACAUGUCGUUACUUAGACAUUGCAUGCAAUAAUUAUCUUCCAUAAAGUGGAUGUGCCUAGACCUCUUCUUGGAAAAGGCCCCCUUUGGUUCGAUUCUUGUAAACAACCACCUCCUGUAAGCGACCACUCAGUCUUUGCAUUUUGGGUGGUUGUUGCGGGAGGUUGGACUGUAUCCUUGCAUACCUACCAUAAUUUUGUGUUUAUUUGUUUGUUUUUGGAAUGUCAGGUUUUUAUUAGGUGUCAAUGUCUUCUCAGAUCUUUUAUUUACAGUGUCUAAUAAGUUGUUAUUGUUGCAUUUUUUUUUUUAGAUGUGUUAGAGUUGAGCAUGAGCCCUGAAGUGUCAUCACCGAUACCUGAACCAACAAACCAUGAGCUGUUGUCUUUUGUCAAACAAGGUAACUUUGUUUAUUUUAUAGUUUUAGUUGGACUUAUUUGGUAAGUCUAAUCUUCAGACCGUCCAACCUGUAUUGGGUGGACCUACAUUUCGUGGUCACCCUCUAUUAACCCAUUCGCUCCUGGAGAUUUUGCCAAAAAACGUAUUUUGAAGGUACUCAAGUGGUUUUCUGGUCACUGUCCUGCUAUAAAGAGCUAAAACUUACCACAAACCGGUUUACAGGUCGUACACUUCACAGUCUUCUGAUCCAGAUGCAAAACAUCAGCUUGCGAAGUUCGGGCAUGCGCAGAAAGCAAAAUUUUGAGAUAGUUUUUAGGUUUAAAAGUGACACAGUAGUCUUGACUUUAACUUUUCGCUUUCUCUCCUCCCCUCUUUUUUCGCUUUUCUUGCCUCAUUUUUUUUUCUCUUGCUGGGCAUUUAGUAGGUUUCAUUUUGGUGGGAAUAGUUUUUAGGAAAACUUUCAGGAUCUUAGGAUUAGGUGAAAGGAAAGGUAGGUGAGCAAUGGAACAAGAUUUUCAUGGAGAUUUUCAGGUCAAUGUUACAUGGUUUUUUGCCUCUUUCUCCGGUGUCCUUGACUGAAUUGUGCUCAUUCUGGUAUGGUUUGAAAGAUCUCUUCACUCUGCACAAGUUAGCGGACAAAAUUGUCCUUGACCGUUAAAACUGAUGACGUCACAAAGGGUAGAAAGAACGUGGAUCCGCACGGGCGGUUCAGGGGCGAAUGGGUUAAGCAGUCACUUUCUUAAGUCCUAGAAGUACAUUCCCUGAAUUACUUAAAACUGACCAUUAUCAAGUGUCACAAGUGUCACCUCUACUAAAUGUCACUGUUACCUUUUCUUUAGUCUGCAUAAGUUUUUUUUAUUGUCUUCACCUCUGUUAAAUAGUAAGAUUUGUCAAGAUGUAAGUUACUAGUGCAAUAGAUACACUAUGCAUGGCAUUCAGUGGUCUUAACUUCCUUCCUUUUUUCACAGGAAGAGCUAAAAAAACUUUAAGGUCAACUUGUCACAUCAUUAAUAUUUUGCUCGUUACCAUCUUCAUUUUCUUGAUAAGCUCGUAGGUUUGUCAAACCUGUAUUAAUUGGAUAGUUCCUGUAUUAAGUGGAUAGUUGGAAAUCCCCCAAGGGCAGGGCUGCAAAUAACGGUUGGUCAUCGGACAUUAUCUGAACAAAACUUGCUAGUGUCUAGUGAAAUACCACCUGUGUUUGGACAUGACAUCGGGAGAAAUUUUUUAAUAGUAAAUCAUUUUAUGGUAAGGAAGAAUAAAAAUCUACCUUGAGUAAAUUGUACUUUGUUUUAGGAGAAUCUCAGUCACAAAACAACAUUGACUUGUGUAAUUGAGUUUUCUUUUACAUUAGCAUAUCAUUUCCUUUGUUUUACCCAACAUAAUUUUCAUAAAGUUUUUUUUUGGUGAUAUGUGAUCACAAUUUUGUUUUACGACCAAUAUAUUGUCUUAGUAGGACAUAAAUGUCCUUUGAAGACGAAAAAAAAUAUUAUUUGCAGCCCUGAAAAGUGACCCCUAAUGCGGGUUUGACUCUAAAUACUGGUAAGUUUUGAAAAAAAGAUAAACAGGGAGGAAAUUGGCUUUUGCAAGUUGAAAAAAUAUUGAUUUCUUAACCACAACUUUCAACUACAUUGUAACAGUCAUUGUGAAGCAACUAAAGCUCUGUUGAUAUUGUUUAAAUAAGAAAAGUAAUAAAUGUUUUUAUUGAGAUCAGUUUCCAUGGGGGUAGAAAUCUCAGCCAUGCUCUAAGAAACAAUUUGGCAAAAUUGAAAAAAACCAAACAUGAUUGUGAUUAUGCUACACGCAACAUUUUUCAAGUAUUGUUCAUUUUCUAUCAGAUCCAGACCUUUUGUCAGCAAAGCCUGGAAGAAGAAAGCGUGGACCCAGGCCCCAAGUCAAAUAUCGAGGUAUGUAAAUAAGAGGCCACUAAGGCUCGUUUUUUUUUUUUUGGCUUUGUGGUAAAAUAUUUUGUUACAUUAUUUUUACACUGUAAAAAUUCAAAACCAUUCCCUCCAACUCCAUUGUAACUAAGUGGCCAGGAAGAAUAGGUCCAUUGACUGUUAGGUAGGUGGAAUAUGAUUGUCCAGCUUGGAGAGUAUAGUCCCGAAUAGGACUGCUUUUGACUGACUGACAUUUUGACAACCCAGUGAUUUUGUUACUUCUGCGUCCUGCAUUCCUGUUGCAUAAAAAUCUCCAAAGACACAAAAUAAUUCAUGGCAUGGGUCCUGUAGGAGGCAAAGAUCGAUCGAUCUGAACAGGUCUAUUUGUUGCAAUAUUAUUAUGGCUUUUGUUUAACGAUUCAUAUUUUUUUAGCCUUUGUUGUGCUUUAAAAUAGAAGGAUCUUCGGUACUUGAACCACCUUGGUUUUACUUUGGACCUGUUUUUUCAGAAAGGAGUAAUGGUGAUUGUAAUGGAAAAGCUUGACUGUUUUCAGUGUUUCAUACAGUCUUGAAAAGUCCUUGAAUUUUUUUCAACGUUGAAUGUGGUGGUCUGGAAAGUGUUUUGUAAUGCUUUUUGGUUGUCCAAGACACUAAUGAAUCAUAGCUGAGAGGAGUUAAAGGUGAUAUACACAAAGCAUUUUUGUUUCAUGCAAGAAUUGCAUGAAACUAUCAAUUUUAGAAAAGCAGUGAGCUGAACAAUGUAGAGACGUUGGUGGAGAAAACAGGUCAAGCCUUAAAGGGAACCUCCACUUCAACAAAAAGAUAACUUUAAAUCACAGGAAAUAACUGUUACAGUCAAGUCAAUCUAAAAUAUUUUUGGUUUGGAGAAAACUCUUAGACAGGUCGCCAUCUUGAAUAAUUGUGACGUGUAAUGGUUGCCCUAUUGUUAUUAAACAAAAGCUCUCUUUGUGUCAGAACUAAAGUCCUGACAUUUGAAAGGUUUGAUUUAAAACCAAAGAACAAAUUUGUUUAUCAACAUAAUUUUAUUCGAUUUAAACUUAUUCUGUAGUAAGAGUGGAGGUUCCCUUUAAAGUCCUGUGAAAGUCCUGUUAGCAUGGACUGGGAAGAUGUAUUUUUGUACAUUCUGUGAAAUUACAUUUCUAGUACAGCUGUACAUUGUAUGUGGUCCUUGAAAAUCUAGUGUGGUUCUUAACCCAGUGCCUACCAAGGACGUAUAUAUACGUCCUCUGUGAGGUCACUCGGCCACCGAGGACAUAUAUGUAUGUCCUCAGACAAGUUAAAUUGUAUUAAUUUUGGCUCUGGUAGGCGAGGGGUUAAAACGUCCUUGAAAAGUCCGUAAAAAAUGGUUCCAAUUUUUUGUAUGAACCAUGUAAUGCUAUUCUUGUCUUGUUGUAGGUGAUGGCCCCAUGCAGCUGUGGCAGUUCCUUUUGGAGCUGCUUAUUGCACCAGAAUACUCCAAGCUGGUCAAAUGGACCUUAGAUGAGGACUACGAGUUCAAGAUUCUAAAGCCCUCACAGGUGGCUCGGAUGUGGGGAGAUAAGAAGAACAAGCCAACUAUGAACUACGAGAAGCUCAGCCGUGGUCUGCGCUACUAUUAUGGCAAGUCAGUCAUUGAGAAAGUGCAUGGCAAGCGAUAUGUGUACCAGUUUAAGUGUGACAUUCCCAAGAUUCUGGGUUAUGAUCCUAUGGCAUCUGUGAAGGGAGAAGAGUCUGUUGAAGACUCGGUCUGUGGUGAGCCAAUCAUGUCACCCGCGGCGGAAGAUUUGCUUGUUACCCCUUCUGCUGAAGGUGGUUUACUUGCAUUUCUGUAGUUUUUUUUUGUUGAUACCCAAAAGUUGUGUGUUACUUUCAAAGUAAUUGAAAGUAACGUUCUUUGUAGCUUGUAUCAAGCAGUCAAAGGCAGUUAGCCACUUAUAAAUCGUAUCGAUUCAGUCUGUACUGGAAAUUUUGAUGAGCUAAUUGAGAAGAUUGAAGGGGUGUGUGGAACAGAGCUUUAAGAAACUCUUCUUGUCAUGUGACAUUUGGCCUGAUUUCACAAGUAAAAUACUGCAGAAUCUUGGCAGUUUUUUCUGAAGUUGCUUAUAGCUCUUUUUCAUGCACCUCAUCUAUUGUGUAAUGAGCAUUUUAUAAACAAAUGAUCUAUGAUUAUUUUGAUUGUUUACAGUUCAAUUAGUUUUCCAUGAUUUCUUCUUUAUGCAUACUAUGUAUGGACUGCUUAUAACAAUACCCAGUCAAAAAUAUUGGCAUAAUAAACAAGUGAGUAAAUGAAUAAGUAAAUAUAAAAGUAUUCCAAGCUUUUCCUUUUGAUUUUGCAGUAGUCUUGGUGAUUACAUGUAAAUGUAGGACAUUUCACAUUAAUUUUUGUUAAGGUUUUCAACAGUAUAUUAUUUUGAUUCCUUUUUUUGGUUAACAUGUAAGAAAUUAGUCACCAUAUUGGUGACCAAUGAAAAGCGCUAAUACACUAGUGGGAAAGUGUACACAAAGAUGAGAAAUGGAGAUAAUUAUUUCCUCUUCGUCCCUACUGGAAUGAAAAGUUAAAAGAAAGUGAAAGCAAACAAAAUCAACUGUAAAGCUGUGAGGUUAGGGAUGGUCUGAGAAUGGUGACUGAUAUCAUUAUGUCAUUGUUAGCUUAGAAUCUUCAUCAUAUUGAGGCAGUAGAAGUAAUUUUUGGUAAAAAGUAAACAUUUUAUGACCAAAAUAGUUUGUUAGUGUUAUGAUAAUACUUUUGUAGUAAGUUUUUAUAAGAUUUGUUGUUUUCAAUAAGAUUGGUCUCGUUGUUUGUAAGAACUUGAAGCUAACAAGCACUGUAAUUUCUAUUAUUGAUUAUUAUAUGAUUUAUCUUUAAGUUUUUUUUGGUAAGCGGAUGCCAUAUGUGUACUUACUGCAUCCUUUUUUGUCAUAUUAUCCAAAAACAAAUGGUUCUUCUUUUUCUGCCAAGUAGCCCUCUGGAACCAAUGAGUACAUCAAUAAACUAUAUCAUCUUAGUAUCCUGAGUAUCCCAGUUGUCGAUAGCCAUGCAGAUCAAGUAGUGAACAAAAGGCAGUAGAAAAGGUCAGGCUAACAUUAUGCCAAACCUUCUAUUAAAAGGAUAUAACAGUAUCUUGCUAUAAAUAACAUGUAAGCAUUAAGUAAUAUAACAAAAUUGUAAGGUUGAACAAAUAAAGUAUGGUGUGUUUCAAAUUGAG